UCUUAAUUGUGAUAAUAUCAAAGUUCUAACUAAAAGAGUUGGUUUAUUUGCGACACAUUAAAACGACAUCAAUUUGGUUAGAAUGAAACUUGAAACUUGCAUCUGGAUUUUACUGAUUUCGUUUCUGCGUUUUUCUAGUUGUCAGCAGACAACGUAUCCGUGCAGCCCGACUGGAACUAACGUGACGUGCUCCUGUUUCUUCGACGCCAGACUGAAUGGAACUUCCGUUAAUUGUCUGGCUCAGGGAUUAACAAGUUUUCCCACCGGUUUCGACAGCAUCCCGGAAGACGAGCCAGUCGUGCUUCUCGAGUUGGGCAACAACUCCAUUGCGGCGAUAGGAGAAACGGAUCUGAACAACUUCGACAGACUGGAAGUUCUGGUCAUGUCAGACUGUAACCUCACCGCCAGUGCUGUCAACGACUUCGCUUUCUUUGACAGCACUACACUGACAACUCUGAUCCUGAACAACAACCCGGAUUUGAAAGAGAUACCGUUACCCCCGGCUGGCCUUGUGUCUCUAGAAUUGAAAAACUGUGGGUUAAAUGAAACUCGGAGAAACGCUCUUGAUCUGAGUAGCCUGCAGAAUCUGCCCUACUUGGUGGAAUUGAGUCUGGACAACAACGGUUUGACCGAGUGGCCGAUUAAUUUUCCUCCUAAAUUGGGGGUACUUAAACUUGCGGACAACCUUCUCAGCAAAAUGAGCGACCUGUCGGACUUGACUCGUCUGGAACAACUUCUGCUGGACAACAACAAGAUCACCACUCUGGAUUCCACAGUGCCAAAAAUGCCCUCUUCCUUGCAUGUUCUGUCGCUGGAUUACAAUCUAAUCAACUCUAUCAACGAUGACUACUUUCACAAUCUAAAUUUCAUCGAGGACCUCAGCAUCGGCAACACAUACAUGAACUACAUAUCCGGAAUCGCCUUCCAAGGCAUGGCUCCUCAGUUUUCGGGUCAUCAGAUCCGAAUAAGUUUCCGGAACAGCGCCUAUCUCGAGUUCAUCUCGCAGGAGUUGUUUGACCCGUUCCUGUAUUCAGUGAACUCGUACGACAUUCUGGAAAUAGAGCUGGACGGGACUCCCCUGGACUGCGAAUGUGAGAUGGUCUGGAUCCCGAGACUCCUCAACAACCUGGAAAAGGACAAGGGGCUGUCACCCAAAAAUGUCACUAUCAGCGGAACCUGUCUCAAACCAGCCGAGCUCUCCGGCCGAACCCUCUCUUCUCUUUCUGAGGCGGAUAUUCCUUGUAAUAGACCAACCAGUCCGCCUUCGCCCGGAACGGUGAAUAACAGUGGACGAAAUGCAGCCAUAGUGCUGGGGCUGAUAUUGGCACUUGUAGUCGUCUCUUCAGUCGUCUACUUCGUGUACAAUCGCUACUUCAAAAGCACCUACCUCACAGUUUAGUCAAUUUGACUAUUACUUGUGAUUAUAUUAUCAUUAAACUGAUUAUGAUACAAUAUACAAUUUUGAACCCAAGCUGCUCUUUUGGAAAAAGAUGAUCUAUUUAGCAUGAGUAACAUCAAUAUUUUGAUUAAAUAAUUUUUUGUU